AUGCCUGUGGGCAGUGUGGGAAGACAUUCAUCAAGAAGGGCAACCUGGCCAACCACCAGCGGGUUGAUGCCGAGGACUGGGGUCACCUGCAGGAAGGGCUUCACCAAGCGAGGGGAGCUGACCAAGCCUGAGCAGACCCACACUGGGGAGGAACCCUAUGGGUGUGGGCAGUGCAGCAAGCACUUUGCCCAGUGCACCCAGCUGCUCACCCACCAUUGUGGCCACAACAGUGAGCGGCCCUUUCCCUGCCCCACCUGCGGCAAGGGCUUCUGCCAGAAGAUCGCCUUGGUCAAACAUCACCGAGUCCAUGAGCGUGGCAGGGACAAGGGAGGUGGUGAAGAUAUCAGUGCCAACACCAACGCCAACACUGACACCGAUGCCAAUGGCAAUGCCAAUGCCGACACCAAUGCCAGUGUCAAGACCAACAUCGAUGCCAACAUCAGCGUCAAUGCCAAUGCCAAGGUGGCUGGCAAAGAUGGGGAGAACUUGGCUGUCCCCUGUCGGCAGCUCCCUAUUGCUGAGUGGUCCUUCUCCUGCAGUGAGUGUGGGAAGACUUUCUUUGCCCAGAAGGCCCAGCUGGCAGUCCACCACUGCACCCACAGUGGUGAGCAUCCCUUCCUCUGUGCUGCCUGCGGCCAGGCCUUCACCCAGAAGGUUGCCCUCACCACCCAACAGAGAGUCCACACAUGGGAGCACCAGCCCCUGCCAGCCCUGGUUCCCCCUGCACCCCAUGGUGAGGAGUGGCCCUUCACCCGCACCAUCUGUGGGAGUUAG